AAUUAUUCAGUAUAGUUUACUAUAGUAAGCGCUCACAACAAGCAAAAUGAUCGUUUAAAAAAUAGAAACCCAUAAACUUACACACGGAAAUGUGUAGUGGUGUUUACUAUUACAAAAACAUAGAAAUUGUGCGUUAUGCCAGCUGAAAUUUUAUCGAAAAAUAGCAGUUACAUCAUUAGAAAGAAUUGGGAAAUUGUUACCUCGAUUUGAAAGAUACACGUUUAAGAUGACCAGCAUCGGAAUCGAUUUCGGAACUUCUUAUUGCUGUGUUGCUAUACAUCGCAAUGGAAAGACGGAAGUGAUACCUAAUGAACAUGACCAACGAUUGACGCCUUCUUACAUUGCAUUUACUGAAGAUGAACGCUUGUUCGGAGACGCAGCUCAGCAUCAAACUCCGUUAAAUUUAAAGAAUACACUCUAUCAAAUUAAAAGUUUGGUUGGCCGAACAUCUGACGACGAUAUCGUACGAAAACAUGAGAAAUACUGGGGCUUUGACGUUAAUCACAACUCUAGUAAAAAUGAGAUUGAAAUUCCGAUCACAUUCAGAGGAAAGGAUUUUGAACUAAAUCCAGUGCAAGUCACUGCAAUGAUAUUUGAAAACCUAAAAGAAAUGGCGAAUAAUUACAUCGGAGAAAAAGUUGAUAAUGCUGUUAUAUCUGUACCGGCUUGCUUCCAUGAAUCUCAACGUAUCGCUAUCCAAGACGCAGGAUUUGUGUCUGGGUUCAAGAAUGUCGAACUUAUAAAUGAACCUAGCGCCGCUGCAUUAGCAUUCGCAAGAAAUCAAAACAAUCCAGCAAAACGUGUUGUUCUUAUAUUUGACAUCGGAGCAGGGAAGUUCGAUACCGGCAUAUAUGAUGUUGAUGUUAACGGCGAAAGUAUUAAGAGAGUAUUGGGCGAAACAGGAAAUUCCAGUUUUGGAGGUGAUGAUUUUGAUUAUGAAUUGGUCGAUCAUAUUUUACAAAGCGCUGGAAAUAUCACACCUGACAAAAAAGCAAUCUACCGUUUAAAAAAAAGCUGUGAAAAAGCAAAGAAGAGUUUAUCAUCUGCAAAACGUGCACGUCUUCAAAUUGAUCGUUUCGUCGGAGAUGACUCUUACAACCAAGUCCUUAUGGUUGAUGAAUUUGAAAAAGUCAGCUCGACAGAAUUCGAAGAAAUUGAAAAAGUUCUCUCAGAUGUACUUAAAGUGGCAGAUAUAACAAAAGAGCAGGUCAAUGACAUCGUUCUGGUGGGAGGAUCGACACGAAUACCAAAAAUAAGGAAAAUCCUCUCGGACUUUUUUGACGGAAAAACUCUAAAUCAAACAGUUAAUCCUGACGAAGCCGUAGCAUGUGGUGCUGCUAUUUAUGCAGCAGAUAAUAUUCUCAAAAACAGCAAAAUAGAAGAGACCGCCUAUGUCAUGUUGAUUCGAAUUUUUGGGAGAUUAGGCGAGGUGGUUGAAACAUUAGGAUCAACUAAGAUGGCAUUGGGGGUUGCAUAUCUUGGAUUCAAAUUCCAUGCCAAACUUCAAACUAUUCAUCAAAAUGCUAUAUUUAGCAAAGAAGAUGAAGAUUUAUGGUUACUUAACGAAAAAAGAAACGAAUUAGAAAAUUAUAUUUAUCGUGUCAAAGAAAACGUCAAAUCAAGCAGCAACAUUGAAAUUGGUCGAGACGAAGCAAAACUAUUUCUUAAAAAUUGCGAUGAUACAUUGAUUUGGCUAAACGAACAUCAGGAUGCUACAUUGAGUAAAGUGGAAAAGAUGUUAGACGGCGUGAAACGUGCAUUCGAAGAUAUGCAACAGCCUAAGGGGCCAAAACAAGAAGACGAUGUAUACAAAUGUACCGCGCAGGCCCAAUUUUCAGGACCGAAGUUCGAAGACAUACAUGAUAAUGGACAGCAUGUAUCAGCGCACGGCGUAAAUGGACAAAAAUCCGACAUUGACAUUGACCAAAGUCAAUCUAAGUCAAAAAUAGCUGCACGGAGAGCUGCUUUGGGUUCAAAAUCAAAAGGCGCGAAUCGGAAAUCUACUCCUGUAAACCCCCAAGUUCAGAAAAAAAAUUGAAAAGGAAACUCUAACACAGGUGCCAAUAAAAUUAAUUUAUUUUAUUUUUUCUUUGAUCACAUUUCUUCCUCUUCUCAUUCGUAAAGUCCGUGCUUUUUGAAAUAUUUAAUUGAUAAUUAUUCAAUUAAUAUUUUUAUCAGGAAAUUUUGGCGGAAUUAUUGAUAGACGUAGAUAUCUUAACGCUUUCAAAAUAACGUCACGACUGAUACCUCACAAGCA